GCUCGUCCGCCGGCAAACUCGCCUGGCGUCCGCACCACGCCGCGCGCGCAUUUUACAUAUCAAUCGUGUUUGUGCAUUUUUACAGGAGGAACACGCGUUCAGUCGUCCGAAAACGUCCCAAAAUUAUACCAUGGAGAAGGAACACGCUUUAGAAGAAAUGAUGGGGAAGCUGGGGGAUUUCGGUCGUUACCAAGCCUUCCAGUUCUGUCUCCAUAUCCUGGCUGCGAUGACAGCUGGUUUACACAUGCUCUCCUUGGUAACAGUCGCAGCGGUACCAGAACAUAGAUGUGCCAUAAAAGGAGUAGAUAAUAUGACUUUUACGGAGCCAUGGAAUUCUUCCUUAGUUGCAGAAGCAAUACCCUUAAACGUUCAUGGAAAAUUGGAUUCUUGUAAGAUAUACAGUCUAAAUAAAACAUUAGAAGAUUGUCAAUCUUGGGUUUAUAAUACUCAGUAUUAUACGUCGUCACGUGGAAUAGAAUGGAACUUUGUUUGCAAUCAACGAUGGAUGGGAGCUAUCGCUCAAACGGCAUAUAUGUUUGGUGUUGUUUUAGGUUCAUUUGUUCUUGGCAGGUUAUGGGAUUCGUUUGGAAGAAAAACUGUUUUCGUAUGGGCUGGAGUUCUUCAACUUCUUUUUGGAAUGUCAGUUGCUUUUUCUACUGAUUACUAUACAUUUAUUGCAAUUAGAUUCAUAUACGGAAUUUUUGGUUCUGGCUCAUAUAUUGCCGGAUUUGUAUUGACAAUGGAGCUAGUUGGACCAAGUCGACGUACAAUAUGUGGGGUAACGUUUCAAAUAAUGUUUGCAUUAGGAAUAAUGCUUCUAGCUGCUUAUGGAUAUCUUAUAGAUAAUAGGUUUUAUUUACAAAUCGUAUACGCACUACAUGCCGUUGUAUUACUACCUCAUUGGUUUCUUAUGGAUGAAUCUCCUAGGUGGCUUUGGGCACAAAACCGUGCUCGUGAAUCUGUAGCAAUAAUAGAAAAAGCUUUAAAAAUGAAUGGGUCUACUGAAAACAUUGAUACACCUGUAUUAAUAUCACAAUGUAAGGUAGCUCGUGCAAAAUAUUCUGAUGAUAGUAGUUCCGGAACUAGUAACCUUUUCAAAACGCCAAAUAUGUUGAAGAAAACACUUAUUAUAAGCGGGUGCUGGUUCGCCAAUUCUGUAGUGUAUUAUGGUCUAUCAUUAAAUACAGGUAAAUUAAAUGGCAACCCUUAUUUUAUAACCUUUCUUAUGGGCGUAGUUGAGUUGCCAAGUUAUAUUAUUAUAAUGUAUUGUUUAGACCGCAUAGGCCACAGAGCUCUUAUCAGCACGAUGAUGUUAUUGGGUGGAAUAUCUUGUUUAGUUGUGGUUACACUUCCACAUGGUUCCACAUCAGCUACGGGUGUGGUAAUGGUUGGCAAACUUUUUAUAUCUGGUUCAUAUUCUAUAAUUUAUAAAUAUUCUGCAGAACUAUUUCCUACUGUGGUACGGAGUUCCGGGGUCGGAUUAGGUAGUAUGUGCGCAAGUGUGUCCGGUGCACUAACACCGCUUAUUAGUUUGCUCGAUACUCUUAAUCCAAAAAUACCUACUUUAAUCUUUGGAUUUUUGGCAUUGUUGUCUGGGUUUUCAACAUUUUUUUUACCAGAGACUAUUGGACGUAUAUUGCCACAAUCUCUUGAAGAUGGUGAGAAAUUCGGAGUAGGCGAUACAUGUUUUACAAAUUGCAGUGGCAGGCGUAUAAGCGACGUGAUGGAAGAUAUACCAGAGACAAUGGUUCCCUUAGAAAGAAUUGUUAAAAAAUCUUAA